GCACGGCGGGUGUGGGGGCAGUCGCGCGCAUGCGCAGCGCGACUGGACAAAGCUGCUGCUGCUGCGAGAGCUGGCGCUGCCGGGGCCACGGGCGCCAUGUCGGGUCGCUCGGUGCGGGCCGAGACCCGCAGCAGGGCCAAGGAUGACAUCAAAAAAGUUAUGGCGGCCAUCGAGCGCGUCCGCAAAUGGGAGAAGAAAUGGGUGACGGUGGGAGACACAUCCCUGCGGAUAUUCAAGUGGGUGCCUGUUGCCGACAGCAAAGAGAAAGAGAAGUCCAAAACCUGCAGCACUCCUGCUUCCCUGGAGCAGAACGGCUUCCCAGCUGAAGGGGCAGCUAACUCUUCGCUCCUUCUGGAGUUCCAGGAUGAGAACAGCAACCAGAGCUCCCUCUCGGACACCUACCCACUCAAGGCAGACAGCAGCCUGGCCUCCAGCCCCAGCCCCCAGCAGAGUGAGUCCAUGAGCCCCAGCCACGCCUCCGACUUCCGGGCUGACGACUCUCAGCCGCCCACGCUGGGGCAGGAGCCCUUGGAAGAGCCUGCCCUUCCGCCCUCUGAAGUAGCCGAUGAGCCUCCAACUCUCACGAAGGAAGAGCCGGUGCCACUGGAGGCCCAGGUGCCUGGCACAGAGGAGGAUUCCGGCGCACCUCCGCUCAAGCGAUUUUGCACAGACCAGAACGCCACGUGCCAGGUGGCCUCCGAGAGCUAGCCAGCUCGCCCGCUUCUGCCCCUUCCCAAGAGUCAGCCCGCCCCCAGGAUGCCACUCUGUCUCAAAGUCGGCAUUCUCUUCCGCCUCCGCUCCCCUCCAAGAAUCAACUUGCUGUUCCCACAGCCCUUCCAAAGGCCGCAUUUCUCCCCCUACCACCCCGUGCAAUAUUUUCCCGAUGCCCCUCGGAGCCAGCCGGCCACAUCCUCCCAAUCCGCACGCCUAAAGGACAAGGCGUUGCCGGGGCUUCUCCUGUCCGCUUUUUAAUUUGCCCUCUUUGUGGCUCCGGGGACGACCCCUUGGGAGGUUUCCGUAGGGAAAGAGGAGUUGUCAGCACUUAACGGGCAACCCCGAGGUCCACGCACCCCCUCUCCUCCUGCAGGGAGCGAAUGACUCUCUUGCAAGGAGAGGAAGGGCCUGGCGGGGAGCCCAGCUGGGAUGCUGUGCAAUAGUUGUGGGGUUAAGCCAUUAGCACUGGAGUAAGCCAGGUCUCUGCUCACCAAGCAGUGGGCCCUCGCUGGAGGUGGGAUAUGUCCGAAGAAGCCAAGGCUGCCUUGGCUGGGGUCAAGUGGCCAGAAGGCACCUUCCCUUGCCAGCGGGGCUUGCCUAGCCUUGGGGGGUCAAGGAGGCCGCCCUGGGCACCAAAGGGACCCUGCAGCCCUCAUGGCGGGAGCAGCUGCCACCGACCCCGAUGGCCCCCUCCUGCCUCUGCAGACCUGUCCCCUCCGUCGCGAUCCGCAUGCAGAAUGGAGUUUGCGAUCGAGGCCCUGCUGUGGCGCGGAGUGCCCAGCCACACAGGGAAGCAAAGAGAUAUUUUAGCACUGAAGAGAAUAUUUUUAAAAUUAAAACUAUUUGAAGUAA